AUGGCAGUGAAGUUCCAGAGUUCUUGUCAGAAGCAGUCUCCAAGAAGGAAGGUGGUUCUCCUCCUCCUUCUGCUCCAAGCAUCAGAGGAUGGAGGAGCCAAAGGGAUUCACAGGUGCCCCCUUUGGUAUUCAAACGGCAGAUGGCCGCCAUUGGAUCCUUCAGCUCUUCAUAUUUGUAUUUCUCUGGCUAGAUUUGAUGUGUCAGCAAUUUAUCCAGAUGUCAAGAGACCAAGUACUUACCUGCAGGCCCCAUACACAAAAACUGUCUGCUCAGACUUGAACCGAAAAUUAGGACCAGGCACCUACAGUAUUGACCAUGGAGGCUUCAGUUCUAGUCAUCUGCAUAAGAAGAUGUCGAGCUCUAGUUGGGCAAAAGCCCAGGAGGCAGCAAGGCUCACCAAAAUGCCACAUUUCAAUUUUAAGGAAAUAUGCAGCAGGGCUAAAGCUCUGAAAGCAAAGCUGGGUCCUGGGACUUAUGAGUACUCAGAUUUUCUACAACUCCAAGAGAAACGUCCACACAGCAUUAGAGGAAUAUGUGACACCGGAGCAGUGAGAUUUAAAGACCGCAUCAGGGAAUGUUAUCCUGGCCCAGGAACCUAUGGAAAUCCUUAUGCUGCCCUGGAUGAAAAGGAAAAACGCUCUUUGACUGCACUUGGAAUAAUGGACAGUAAAACUUCAAAAUGCUUCGCCUUUCCCAAUGUGGGAAGUGGUUUGGGACCUGGCACCUACAAUAUAAAAAACGGGGUGGAUGAGAUGCUGAAGCGUGUGAUCAGCUUAAAAGGUCCUUAUGAAACCUUCACAGGAGACAGGUCAAAGCCUAUUGUCUGUGGGCAUUACGCUACUGAUAAAAAGUCCACCGAGCUGAGUGGCAGCACACUGAAGAGCUUCCUGGAAGAACUAGAAUCAAAGGAUAAAAGGAAGCACGGCAUGUUUGGCAGUCUUGUUUGGAAUCCCAAGUGCCCCUCCGAUCGGAUCUUCUGGGCCACUGUCAGUCAGUGUCCACAUGAACAAUACUUGACAGGGCCAGGCUCAUACGACAUAAAGCCCAUCAAGAGAAAAGAGUACGAAAAUCAGCCACCGUUCUGGAUUGGUGCAAAAAGAUUUGACAGGAAAGCGUACCGCCUGUUUGUUGGAAAUACUAACCCAGUUGGAGUUGGCCGCUAUGAUAUUCUGAAACAUGAGAAAUACCGAAAGAAGAUCAGAUACCGUUCGCUUUAUAUACAUGAUACACAGCGUUACCUUAGUAACCUGGAGAGGGACAAGUGCUUACAGGAGAGGAUUACGCCUGUUAAUAAAGGCCUCUGAAGACUCUAUUAAUCUACCUGAAGACUCGUUGCUUCCUGAAACAUAGUAUAGUUAAGUCACCAGGUAUCAGCUGCAUUUCUAGUUAAUGUCCAUAAAAAAUCCUGCCAAGAGGACAGAGACACCUCAACAUUUGCUAUAUUGUAUCCCGUACUCAUCUACAAUCAUUUAUUGGUAAUUAUGUAUAACACUCAAAUCAGUACACUUGGUGGAAUAUGGUAAAUGUGUUUUUUGAAAACCAGCAUGCUGCUGUAAUUAUAUCAAUAUUUAAAAUGCUAGACA